AUGGGUAGCCACGACUCCGCCUCCUAUAGCAUCACUCAGCACAGUCGCCUGGCACCUCAUACUCCCGGUCUGACAUCUGCCCCCCUUUUCACUGGCCGACUGGGUCGUAGUUUUUUUGUUGGCUGGUCACGCACCCAACUAAGCAGUCUAAUCGAGCAGCUUUCAGCAGGCAUUCGCUACCUUGACCUACGAGUUGCGGUACAGAAAAUACGCCCAACUGUCCCCGCACCUGCAAUCGAGUCCAAUUUCGAAACAAAGGAAGCUGUUGGCCAAGACUCCCCAUUGGGAGAGACACGUCUGGCAAACCGCUUGCAAACGGAGUAUUGUUAA